AUGAAGUUUACUCCAAGCUUAGUCCUUGAUGCCCCACAAUAUUACGUUGAUCAUUUUAAUGGCAAGUAUAACGUAGAUAAAUGUGUUAUUUUAAGAGAUCUGCAAUUGGAAAUCGACUCGGAGUCCAUGCCAUCUAGUUUGAAGCAUCUGACGAAACCCACGCACAUAUUGGAUUUAACAAAUAAUGACCUUAUUAUGAUUCCGGAUCUAUCCAGCAGAGACGACAUACACACGUUACUGUUGGCUCGAAACAAUAUCGUGGACGUGGAUGGUCGCCUAUUGCCAAUGAAUAUACAGAACCUCACGCUGUCAAAUAAUGGUAUAAGAAGGUUCGAAGAGCUUCAGAGUCUACGUAGAGCACCUAAGACAUUAAAGAAUAUGACUUUACUAGGAAAUCAGGUUUGCCACUUAGCCAACUAUAGAGAACAAGUGCUUCGAUUGGUACCGCACUUGGAGACGUUAGACUUCCAAAACGUAACAGCAGACGAAAGAAAGAACGCUUCAAGGCUUUCCGGACAGAUGAAUAGUGGGAUAUCGAGGUCGGUUGGCACCACAGUUAAGGACAAUGAAACUAGAGAUAAAACGAUAGAAAUCAUGAAUUUGGUGGUGAGCAAGAUGACAGUGGAGAGAAGAAACGAAUUAAAAAAGCAAUUAGCAGAAGCCACUUCUCUAGAAGAAAUUGCCAGGUUGGAAAAACUACUUUCCGGUGGUGUUUAG